AGCCAUGAAAGAUCCAAGUCGCAGCAGUACUAGCCCAAGCAUCAUCAAUGAAGAUGUGAUUAUUAACGGUCAUUCUCAUGAAGAUGAUGAUCCAUUUGCAGAGUACAUGUGGAUGGAAAACGAAGAGGAAUUCAACAGACAAAUAGAAGAGGAGUUGUGGGAAGAAGAAUUUAUUGAGGGUUGUUUACAAGAAAUGCUGGAAGAGGAAGAAGAACAUGAAUGGUUUGUUCCAGCUCGAGAUCUCCCACAAACUGUGGACCAAAUCCAAGACCAGUUUAAUGACCUUGUUAUCACUGAUGGCUCUUCUCUGGAAGAUCUUGUGGUCAAGAGCAAUCUGAAUCCAAAUGCAAAGGAGUUUGUUCCUGGGUGAAGUACUAACAUAUUUGAGUAGCCAGGCCCUCUUUUGGUGGAUGUAGCACAAUUUCCACACUGUGAAGGCAGUAUUAGAAGACUUCA